CCUCAUCCCUACCCCUCCAUCCUCCAUUCCACCUCCGCGGCGUAAACAUCCGACAAUCCCUCCCAGACCAUCUCUCGCCGCACACCCCUCUCCUACCCGCCCGCCUCGAUCCGCGGGCCACACCCGGCCUCUCUCUCCCGCAGCCAUGUCCGCCAAAGCCAGCGGUGCGGACGCCCGACCGAACGGCGACGCGAAGCACCGGCAGCACCACGACGGCAGCUCGGGCCGCGCAUUCACAAUCGAGCAGAAAGCCGCCGUGAUACGGAUAAAGCGAUGUGCCCCUACCGCGUUUUACGAGAUCUUGGGGCUCGAAGAGGUCAAGACGACGUGUAGUGAUGGCGACAUCAAGAAGGCAUAUAGGAAGUUGAGCCUGUUGACACAUCCGGAUAAAAAUGGGUACGAUGGUGCGGAUGAGGCGUUUAAGCUGGUAUCAAGAGCCUUCCAAGUGCUCUCCGACCCCGACAAGAAAGCCAAAUUCGACCGCUUCGGCGGCGACCCAGACUCGCGCUUCCCGGGCGCCUCGUCUGCUGGCGGCGGCGCAUCCCCCUUCAGCAACUUUGCGCGCGCGUCAGGCGGUCGCCCCGGCCCCAUGUUCGAGGAAGAGAUAUCGCCCGAGGAGAUGUUCAGGCAGUUCUUUGGCGGAGGAGGGCCGUUCGGCGGACCUUUCGGUGGUGGUAUCUUCGAUACGGGGCCCGGGUUUGUGUUUAAUCUGGGCGGUGGGCCGGGCAUUCGCGUGCAUCAGUUUGGGGGUGGGAGGCCGAGGAGACGACCCGGCACGGCGCAACCUCCUGGCUCGGAACCCGCGCCCAGUCUAUCGAGCACGCUGUCUUCACUCCUCCCGCUCCUCUUCCUGUUCAUCCUCCCACUUCUCUCCUCGGUAUUCAGCUCCAGUUCAGUACCCCAAGGCCCCGCCGUCGUCUUCGACUCGCCGCGACCGCCAAACACGCAAGAACGCGUAUCCGUCCGCCUAAAGGUGCCCUACUAUGUCGACCCGCGCGAAGUCGAAGGCUACAACAACAAAGCGUGGGUCAAGCUCGACCAGACGGCCGAGAGCAAGUACAUACACACCAUCAACGUGCGAUGCGAGAACGAAAGGUUCCAGCAGCAGAAGAUGGAACAGGACGCAUUGGGGUGGUUCCGCGAUGAUGAAGAUAUGAAGAGGCAGGCGAGGGAGCUGCCGAUGCGGAAUUGUAAGAGGUUGAAGGAGCUGGGGAUUACUUGGUACUAGUGCUGUUAAAGGGUUUUCGUGAACAUGUUCGCCUGCGGUCUCCCUGUUACUUUCUUUGGUAAUUAUUUUGAGUGGGAUGUUGGUGUUUGAAAGCUCAUGGGAUGAGUGGGAAGAUAUCACGCGUCAUACGAUAUGGCGUAUGAGGCGUUGGAAAGCAUCAAUUGUGCUCCUUGGGUGGCGGCGCUUUUCCUGGAGCGAAGUUCGGCUUCUGCUGUCUUAUACUUAGACAUGGUAUCACAUAUCAUCCUCCU